AUGUUUUCCUUUCUGUUUUGUUUGACGAUAAUAUUGGUUUUUGUAGUUUUCAAGAAGAAAUAUUCUUAUUGGAUCGAAAGAGGAGUUACUCAAAAUUUCGCAGUUCCAUUGUUAGGAAUCAAUUGGAAGAUACUCACCCAUCAAGCUUCUGAAAAGGAGAUUUUUCAAUAUUCAUAUGAGAAACAUUCUCAGAAAAGGUACAUUGGCGAUUACGACUUUCUCAGUCCCCUAUUGAUAAUAAAAGAUCCAGAUUUGCUGCAACAGAUCCUGAUCAAAAACUUCGAACAUUUUCUGGAUCACAGACAGUACAUUCCACCUGAUAUCGACCCUUUGUGGAAUAAAAAUGUGGCGAAUUUGAAAGGUAACAAAUGGAAGGAGAUGAGAUCUUCACUCACCCCAGCCUUCACCAGCAACAAAAUGAGGCAUAUGUUCACAUUGAUGGAGGAGUGUUCCAAUUAUUUCGUUCAGUAUUUCCAACUCAAGGAUGAAGAUGUAAUCGAAGAGGAAAUAAGGGAAACUUUCAGCAAAUAUCUCAACGAUAGGCCUUGA